UAUCGCCUGUCUCCUGGUGCUGUCUUGUUCUCUCUCAUCACUUGUGUGGCGUCCCAGCUUUUCAUAGCAUCAUUUUGUUUUUGUGUGUUUACAUUCGUGACCCAUAUAAUUGUCCUGAACAGUGUCCGUGGAGUGACGUGGACCACAAACUAAAAUUAAUUGUGUUUCUAUACUUGUACAGGGGAUUUAGUUAAGCUACUUAAAAUCAUAAUUAGUAAUUUUGUAAUUGUCAUUUCUAUUGUUUAGCAUAAGCAGGGGCUUUGGUGCUGAUGUAAUUUCGGUUAAAGUGAAAUUAAGAGUUAGUUUAAAUAUUGUAUAAAUAGUUUUAUAAAUGUGACUACAGUAGCUAAGUAUUUGUUUCUAGUUAACUAAAUAGUGUGGACUAAAUAUUUAGUGUCCAACAUUACAGCAAGCAUAAUGUUACAAAAAAAUAAUGUUCUAUAACUCUUGUUUAACUAAGGAGGAGCGAGUUAACAUUUCAUUUACCAUUCAAACUCUUUGCUUUAUGUUUCUUUAAGAAACAAUUUGGGAUUAACGUUUUUGUGAAUUAGUUUGUUUAAAGACACUUGAUUCUUGGAUAGAAAACUCUCUGGUUUAAAUCAGCAUGAAUUCUGCACCAGGUCUUGACCAUUGGGCUGAUAUUUUGAUAGUCAUUCUUUAUUUUAUAGCAGUACUUAUUGUUGGCUUGUGGUCACUAUGUCGACCAAACAGAGGAAGUAUCAAAAGUUAUUUCUUGGCAGGAAGAGAUUUAUCUUGGUGGCCGUCGAUGUUCCUGGUGGUUGUACUGGCUUGGUUUUUCCUCCCAGUCUAUGUUUCAGCUGGGGUAUACACACUUCCAGAGUUCAUGGCUAAAAGAUUUGGUGGAGCGAGACUUAGAAUUUAUUUGAGUUGUCUGUCGCUAGUACUCUAUAUAGUCACCAAAUUAGCUGUAAGCAUCUAUGCUGGAGGUUUGUUCAUCAAACUAGCGUUAGGAUGGGAUAUGUACAUUUCCAUAGCUGGACUUCUCCUAAUCACUGGCAUAUAUACAGUCAUGGGAGGACUGGCUGCAGUGAUCUACACUGACACAUUUCAAACGUUUAUAAUGACAGUUGGUGCUGUGGUUUUAUCUGUAAUCAGCUUCAAUAAAAUCGGUGGGUACAAACAGCUGGUUCACAGGUACAUGAUGGCAGUACCGUCAGUCACAACUAACGUGACAUCAAGUUGCGGAAGACCCAGGGAGGACGCAUUCCAUUUGUUUCGAGACCCUGUCAACUCGGACAAUCCUUGGCCGGGCAUUCUGUUACAGUCGAGCAUUGGUUGCAUGUGGUACUGGUGCUGUGAUCAGGUCAUAGUUCAGAGGUCACUUGCAGCAAAAAAUCUGAGCCAUGCCAAAGGAGGCUCUUUACUAGCAGGAUACUUGAAACUUACUCCAUUAUUCUUCAUGGUGUUUCCAGGAAUGAUCAGCAGAGCUUUAUAUCCAGAUGUCAUAGCUUGUGUUGAUCCUGUCAAGUGCCAGGAAUAUUGUGAGAACCCAGUGGGAUGUUCAAACGUUGCUUACCCAAAACUAGUUCUGGAACUAAUGCCAGUUGGUCUACGUGGAUUAUUGAUGGCGGUUAUGUUAUCUGCCAUCAUGUCAUCCUUAACAUCUAUUUUUAACUCGUCUGCCACUUUGUUUACCAUGGAUCUUUGGCGGAGAGUCAGAAAUCAUGCAUCUGAAAGAGAAUUACUCAUAGUUGGCAGACUAUUUAUUCUCCUGCUGUGUGGUGUGGCAAUCCUGUGGAUUCCUAUGGUGAAAUCGUCUCAAGGGGGACAACUAUUUAAUUAUAUACAAGCUGUGCAGGGUUAUCUAGGGACACCUAUAGGAGCGCUGUUUUUGGCAGCGAUACUAUGGAAACGAAUGAAUGAGAGGGGAGCUUUCUUUGGACUUCUUAGUGGACACGCAGCUGGUGUCAUUCGAAUGGUCAUCGAUUUCGCUUAUCCAGCCCCACAGUGUGGAGAAGUUGACACUCGUCCAGUCAUACUUAGCGCUGUCCAUUAUACUUACUUUGGAAGUAUUAACCUGAUCAUUACAGCACUGGCCAUUGUCAUCUUCUCUUACACAGCACCUGCUCAAGACGAGGAACAGCUGUAUGCAGUUACCUGGUGGACAAGAGUGGACAGAAAGAGUCAGACAAACAGACACACAGAUCUAACACUCCAGGAAGAUGACACACUGUCAGAAAGUUCGCAACAAACGCCCACGACAGAAGCAGGCAUUAGUAGAUGGCAACGAUGGUUUAACUUCGCAUGUGGUAUUCCCUCGAGCACUGCAAAGAUCAAGGAAGCUCCGGAAAUCAGCAUCGCCCAACGGAGAAGCUUUCUGUUAGAGACAUCCAAGUGGAGAGGUUUCCUCAAUAUAAAUGCAACAAUUGGCCUGGUUGUAAUGGCGUUUCUUAUCGGCUAUUUUCAUUAACUUCUUUCAUCUAUUUCUUUAUUGUUCACUUUGAUUUUGUACAAAUAUUGUUCAUUAUUUGGCUGUAUAGAACCAUUUACAAAACAUUAAAGUUGAGAGGGAAAGACAGAGAGAGAGAGAGAGAGAGAGCAGUUAUGAGGCUAUUAAAUGUAUACAUGCUUAACGAAUUAAAUUAAAAGGGCAUUUUAUUUAAA